CUUAACACACAGCGCAUUUACAAUGUGUGACAAGUACAGGCGGAAGUAAGGCUCGCCUCGGCACAUCUCUCACCACCGAGUUCCUGACUUAUAUGUAGGAUACAUUCGCACACAGGCAAGAUCGCAACAUGGUUAUCGUAAAUAAAGAAGUUAUUAAUCCCGUUUAUGAAGCGGUCCGAGACGACGAAAACGACACAAAUUGGCUUAUCUUAAAGUACACUGAUACUGAAAUCACUGUAGAUGCUCAGGGCACGGAGUAUGAUGACUUCAAAUCCAAGUUCCAAGAUGACGAGCGUGCAUUUGGCUACGUACGGCUGAUUACUGGGGAUGAAAUGAGCAAGCGUGCGAAAUUCGCUUUUGUCACGUGGAUAGGUAAAAACGUUAAGCCCCUUCUGAAAGCCAGAGUAUCAACGGACAAGGCAUUCGUGAAAGAAGUGUUGAGGACCUUUGCAGUCGAGAUAUCAGCAGAUGACGUCACAGAUAUUACCGAAAACAAGAUUCGUGAUUCUGUCGUAAGGGCUGGCGGUGCAAGCUAUGGGACCGGGAAUUAGAUCCUUAGGCAAUCAAAUUAUCUUAAAUAAAGACUAUAUCUCUAACAGGACAGAACAUUAUUACGAAAUUUUCGUUGAGGUGUAGUGAAAAAAUUGUGACCUUAAUUUCCUUCGUCAAGAAAUGUCUUAAUCUACUUUUUUGUUUAAUAGAAAUCUUCAUGGUGUAUGGUGGGCGUUCAUUUAAUAUUUUCUCUAAAAAUGAUAUUUAGAAUGAUCCAUAACGGUGUUUCAUGUGAAAUAAGUCUUGCCUUCUGUAAACUUAUGUUUCAAGAAUUCAUGUUCGAAUUCGGAAAUAAAAUAAAUGGACAAUAUCCUUAACAGUUAUUCUUUAACUAACACAAUGGAUACAUGUACCAUCUCUUGCAUACAUAUUGUACAUAGUUAUGUAGAAAUACUGUUAUCAUACCCAUUAGGAUUUCCAUUUCAAUGUCUACAGUAAAUAAUCUUGGUUUAUAUCAAAUCCCAAACAUUAAAUACAUGUUACAUGGAGUUAAAACAUAA